AUGUCGCCGGCCGCGCGCAUUGAAGGUGCCAGCGACAGUGCGGCGCCGGCGCCGCUGCUGCUCGGCCCCGACCGCCCAGGGGUCGUCAUACAUCGCCCAGGCAUUGGCGCCGGCGCCAUCAACGAGCCGCCGCUACGCGAGCGCCGCUUCCUGGCGCUCCUCGCCGUUCACGGCGACGAGCCGUGCGGCGUGGUCGCCGCCAACCGACUCCUCGCUGCCGGCUUCUUCGCCGCAGCGGCCGCAGACCCAAGCUGCCCCUUUGACGAGCUGCGGCUGGUGGUUGGGAAUCCUAAAGCACUCGCAGCAGGGGUAAGGUUCCUCGACUUGAACUUGAAUCGGUGCUUCAAGGAGGAUGUGAUUGCAAAUGGCUCCAGCGGCGGCAGCGGCGGCACCGCCAGGUGUGGGGACGGCGUCGGGCACGCGGCCGCCGGCGCCGGCGGCGGCAGCAACCGCAGCGACGGCGGCCCGGCGCCGUAUGAGGCGGCGCGCGCGGCGCAGCUGGCGCCGCUGAUCGAGGCCGCGGGGUCGGUCCUGGACAUCCACUCGACGUCUGUUCCAACGCCGCCGUUCGCCUUUUACGUGCCAGGCGACAGCGGCGCCGCGAGCGCUGCCCGCAGCAGCGGCGGCGGCGGGGCCGCCAGCAGCAGCGCGGCCAAGGCACCCAGCUUGGCAGGAGCAGGGCCGGCGGCUGCAGAGGGGCACGGGCAGGGCCAGGCGCAGCAGCAGCAGCAGCAGCAGCAAGGCGGGGCCCAGGAGGGCGUCCCUCCAGAGGCGGAGCUGGCGCUGUCGCUGCCUGUGGCCUACGUCGUCCGCGACUACACUGGCGCCGGCCAAGGCCUCGCGAUCGAGUGGGCGGCCGCGGCCGCGGCGGCCGCCGGCGCUGCGGUCCGCGCGUCGUGCGUGGAGUGCGGCUCCCACCAGGACCCGGCCUCAGUGGAGGUCGCAGAGGCGUGCCUAAGGGCGUUUGCGACCGCUGGAGGGACUCGCACGGGCGAGCCCGGCAGCGGCGCGGCGGCCGCGCCCCGCCACGUUGUGGCGCGCAGCGGUGUCAUCGUGCGGGCUGGCUUCCGCUGGCUCUGGGGCGGCAGCGGCAGCGGCAGCGGCGGCGGCGGCGCCCCACCCCCGGCCUUCGCGCACGUCGCGGCGGGGCAGGUGGUCGCCGCUGAUGACGAGGCGGGCGACAUCGCCUGCCCCUGCGCCGGCGGCGCGCUGGUGUUCAUGCCGGCAGGGGCGCCCAGGGUGGGGGAGGACGCACUGCUGUGGGCGGAAGAUUACCCCUGA